AUGUGCACGGGCGACUGCGCAAAAUUCAUCGGGGUUUCGCUAUACCCCUUUUGCAUUCUAUGUAUUAUCUGUAACAUCUUACUCCUGUUCCCCGGAUGGACCACGGAGGCUGUGACGAACCCUGGAGAAAAACUCACAGAUGAGGUUCUGUACCUGGGUGGGUUUUUCGGUAGCGGACUCCUGGUAUUAAUUCCGGCCAUCUGUAUUCAGUGUACGGGCCGUCGUGGAAAAUGCAACAACCGAUGCGGGAUGUUGGUCUCUAUGCUCCUGGCAGCGGUGGCGGUAUGUGGCUCCGUCUAUGGCUUUGUGACUUCGCUGUUGGGCCUGGUCAACGGACCUCAGUGCUUCUACAAGUUCAUUUCAGGAGCUCAGCGCUGGACCACCCCCUUCAAAGUAGACAAAGAAUUCAUUGAUUUGGAGCGGAGUUACCUCUUCCACAGGGAAGUCUGGAGUCGCUGUACUCUGCCGGUGGGCGUGGUCGAGUUUAACGUCAUCCUCUUCUCCACCAUUAUGGUAGCGAGCGGUAUUCAGGUCGUGCUGUGUCUAAUCCAGAUGAUUAACGGGUUGUUCGGCUUUCUCUGCGGGACCUGCCAAAAGAAGAUUUUUUGAAAAUGAU